CCCCUUCGCCAGCGAGGCGAUGGAGAGAGCGGGGACGUGGCCUUGAGAGGUGACGGGCAAUGUCCGCUCCAGCGGGUUCCAGACGCCCGCGGUCCCGGUGCUGAAUGCGGCGGAGAGCGACACCUAAGCUGGUGUCACCGUCGGCUGGAUGCUGCGCCGAAGGAUUGGAUACUCCGACCCCUCGUCGGGUAAAGAUAUACUCAGCAAUAGGUCUCUUUGUUUCAUAUUUAUAUGCGCAUUUGGACUCGUCACACUGUUGCAACAAAUCCUUUGUGGGAAGAACUACAUUAAGAGUGCACAACAGUUUAGCCGACUCAAAGGGGACGAGACAGGAAAUUGGACCGGUCCCAUUAAUUUCUCGGAUGACGGACCCGUGCGGCAUGCCAGAAAUGGAAGGAAAAGAUGUUUCCGUCAGAAUUAUCACCCAGAUUCACAGAUCUCCGUAAUAGUCACACCCUGCCUAGCCGAUAUUAAGAAGAAAAAAAAACGCUCUCAAAGGUACCUGGAGAAUUAUCAUGGCUCCUUUGAGUUCAACUCCACUGCAUGCAAGGGGUUCAGACAGGACAUUAUGGACAUCAAAGUCUUGACAAUGGUGAAAACCUCCGAGCUGUUCGAGAGGUGGCGAAACCUGCACAUGUGUAGGUGGGAGCAGAACAAAGAGGAGGCCAGCAACUUCAAGAUGUCCCUGUCGCGCUGCUGUAACGCUCCUUCCUUUCUGUUCACCACCAAGAGGAACACUCCCGCAGGCACCAAGCUGAGGUACGAGGUGGACACCAGCGGCAUCCUUCCCAUCACCAACGAGGUCUUCAAGAUGUUCCCGGAUGAUAUGCCCUAUUCCAAGUCUCAGUACAAGAAAUGUGCUGUUAUAGGAAAUGGCGGCAUCAUCAAGAACAGCAAAUGUGGAAAGGAGAUUGACUCGGCAGAUUUUGUGUUUAGGUGCAACAUUCCACCUAUCGGUGACAAGUACUCAGCUGAUGUCGGCAUGAAAACAGAUCUGGUGACAAUAAAUCCAAGUAUUAUUACAGAGAGAUUCCAGAAGCUGGAGAAGUGGCGGCGGCCGUUUUUCAAGGUCCUGCAGAAUUACAACUCCUCCGUGGUGCUGCCGGCCUUCUACAACACCCGCAACACCGACGUCUCGUUCCGGGUCAAGUACUUGCUGGACGACUUCGACUCCCAGAGGGCCGUGUUCUUCUUCCACCCGCAGUACCUGCUCAACGUGCAGCGCUUCUGGGCGGUGCAGGGCAUCCGGGCCAAGCGGCUCAGCAGCGGCCUGAUGCUGGCGACGGCCGCCUUGGAGAUGUGCGAGGAGGUGCACCUCUACGGCUUCUGGGCGUUUCCCAUGAACCCCUCCGGCAUCUUCAUCACGCACCACUACUACGACAACGUGAAGCCGCGGCCCGGCUUCCACGCCAUGCCCAACGAGCUCUUCAACUUCAUCCACAUGCACACGCGCGGGAUCCUCCACGUGCACACGGGCCCGUGCACGUGAUCCUUUAACGUGUUUCAUCCGCGCAAGUUUACAUUUGUUUUAUGUUAGUAGAUAAGACACUGAUUCUUCCCUGUUUCAAAAAGAGUUAGCCUUCGGAGCGCUGUCUCUGUGUCCACUACCUGCUGAAGUUUGCACGCUUUAACCACCACUUGUUUAAAAUAGCCAGUGGAACAAACCAAGCUAAUUUCAUGUGAAUAGUGAUCUUCAUAGUGAUGCUGUUUCUGUGAGGUUUUCUAGUGGCUCUGCUGUACAGACGUGUGUUUUCUACUCCACAGUUUAUGCCGAAGCGGGGCCUCGGUGGGUGUCUUUGUGCCCCCUUAUCCCCUUCUUCUCUCUCUCUGUCCCGGACACUGUGGGUGCGGCAGCUUUUAAUGUUUGUGUAAAACAAAUCCUGAUAUAUAUUUAAAAAAAAAGACAAAAAAAGAUACAAUUGUACUCCCUUGUUGUUUACUUUUCUAUUUCCUGGAUUCGCUGGGUGAACAUUUUAAACCAGAAUCAGAACGGUCAGUUUUCAGUGGCCUUCUUUCUCCAACAUAAAACUCUCCCCUUAUAUUCCUGUUAAAACAAACAAACUGACGGGGAUGUUGUUGAGAUGACGUCGGUGCAACGACGCCGACUCGGCAAAUCUUUGAAGGCAGUCCAAUCUGCGAAGCAACAGAACCCUGCUGAGCGAUGUAGCCUCUCGCUAUCAUUUGUGUCUUACGCCGCGCUGCCUUACGAGACAUCAACCCCCUUAUAAAUAAUAUGCAACGCACCCAUGUGUUUUGCUGAUCUUAAAAUACAUCAACAUUAAAGUGUCAGACUCGUAGUUGGUAUCUUAAAGGUUGUAGGACUUCACGCUAUCAGAUUUAGUCCCUGUAAACAUCGUUCAUAACCAUGUAAUGCUCUGCAUGACCUUUACUCUACUAUACUUGGCUUUGUGUGUGCCUGCUUUAACGAUCUCUGAAAUAUGUUUACACUUUAGCCUCUACAGAGAUACAAACACAAAAACCUUUCACACUGCGGAGAACUGAUUCCUGGAAUUGUAUAACUGAAGAACGGAGGCGGCCGCUGCCCUUUUGUGAUGUGCAACACUCUUAUUACUGCUGUGUAAUUUGACCUUCACCUUGAAUUGUGACUGUGCACAUGCACGCGGGAUUCUUACUGUGUCCUGUCACUCGUCUGUUCACGCUCAGCUGUGCACUUGACUGGCAUUGUCAAGGACAGCGUUCUUAAUGAACACGUGUUUUUUCUUUUUUGAACGCACAAACGAUGCAAUCAUAAAUGUAAGAAAAGAAAAGAAUGGAAACUAGUCUGUGUACAGAAAGGACAUAAUAUACAAGACAGUGAUUCUUAAAUGGCAUCAUUCUUUAUACUGGAAUUGUGUUUGUAAAUAAACAGUUUGGAUUUUCCCA